AUGACAUCCCUCGUCUCCACAGAUAGUCCUGCACCCUUGUCAUCAUUAUCCCCUGACAUGGCUCAAGUGCUCACUGGUGUCCGCUACAUCAUGGAAAUGAAUAUUACCCAGGACACCAAGCUCCUAGACAUCAUUGCUAUCCUAGGCGCUCAAGCCUCACAGUUAAGGGAAAGAGAUCAAUCAAUCAUGAUUAUGCAGUCGAAGUUAGACUCGCAGCAGGCCAUCAUGGAGGAGAUUCGCUCAGAACAGCGGCAGCUAACAGCUGCCGUCGCAUGUUUCCUGCAUCGUGGGCAAGAUGUCUCAGUGACACUUUCUCCGCCUGCCAGUCGAGAAACGCCAGAGCCUGUGACACCUACGGCGACCCCAGAAACAUUUCCGAGCGCUAUUUCAGUGCCAGAGCUACUUGCCUCCCAGCCAACUCCCACCGACGCACGAUCAGACAUUAUCGCUGCCGCGGACACCAACUUGAGGACUAUCACCGUUGAUGACCCAUGGAGAGCUCCCGAGCACUACGUCAAAACGCAACGAGGUGGCGAGCUACGGCGCCAGGGUGCGUUUUAUGGCACUCCCGACUGGAACUCCAUGACAGUAGCUGCUGGUGGUGUACCUGAUUCUGGCAUGCCUCCUUUCUCUCCUCCGGCAAGCCCUAAGGUCCAAGAAGAAAUCAUCCCGGCAGCAGGGAAUACUCGCGCAGAUGUACGCAAAACGCGGGAAGCUGGGCAGGAGACAGAGGCCGCUGUCAUUGUCCUGAAGGCCGCACUAAGUGACGACGAGGAGAGCGCCUCUAAUAGCUCUCUCCGUAGCUCCUGCAAGCGUUGCAGGGAUCCUAAGGAGCAAGAGGCACGCAGAACCUCAAAUCCUAUGGAUAUAUAUAGGAUCGUUCAUGAUGCAUCCCAUGGGUCUUCCCCCUCCUCGUUGUUCUCCCCUUCAUUCCCUGGACCUAGUCCUACUCAGGAUGACCCCAGCCGUGGUGGUCCAGCAAAGCGCAGACGUCUGUCACAAGAUAUCGUUGAAUCCGAUGCAGUUUUCAACACGAAACGCCCAACUCGCAGAAGUCCGCGCCGUGUCACACCUAAAUGA